UUGGGGAAGGAUUUCAAGUGCUGUUUCUCUUGUGUCUUUUGCAUGUUUUGGAAUCUGUCGUGUGGGAGGGAAAUUACCAAACUUGAAGGUGGAGGGGUGAAGACAGAAGAAAAGAUCCUCCUGGCAAAACGGUGACGGACGAUGCCCACCACCCCUUCCUGCUUUCUUGUCUCCUUUUUCUACCUCCAGAUAUAAGUCCUACCUCACUGGAUACAUCUCAGAGUGGAUUUUCCUUCGCGAUUUUCCCAUUCAGAGGCUAGGAGAAGGGUCUCUGUACAUGUUUGGAAGUUCAUGUCACCUGCAGGUGAUUGAAACGGAUGGUUGUUACUGCCAGAUUGACGGAAAGGGAAUAUUAAGAUGGAGAAUUCAUCCAAAGAAAACACUCAGCUCUUCUUGAACAACACAGUCUUGUCCAUGGAUAGGUCUUCUUCAAAGUCAGAAUCUUCAGCAUCGAAGGAGAAAGGAACAUUCUGCGGAGGAAUAAAGAUCUUUCUUGGUGCAUUGUCUUUUGUUUACUUUGCAAAAGCUCUGUCAGGAAGUUACCUAAAAAGUACCAUCACCCAAAUAGAAAGAAGAUUUGACAUUCCUUCUUCUCUGGUUGGCAUAAUAGAUGGGAGCUUUGAAAUUGGGAAUCUUUUGAUAAUAAUACUUGUAAGCUACUUCGGAGCCAAAUUACAUAGGCCAAAGAUCAUUGGAGCCGGUUGCCUCAUCAUGUCGCUUGGAACAUUUGUAAUAGCAAUGCCACAGUUCUUUAUGGGACACUAUAGGUAUGAGAUAUUUUCUUCCUCCUCCAAUUCAACUGUCAGCAUCUCCCCAUGUCUGCAGGAUCAAAAUCAAAUAACAGUCUCGGUCUUGGAAAGAUCUCAGGGCAAAAUGCAUGCAGGGUGUGAAAAGGAAGCUGGAACUUCCAUGUGGAUCUAUGUUUUGCUGGGGAAUCUGCUUCGUGGCAUUGGAGAAACACCAAUUCAGCCACUGGGGAUUGCCUACAUUGAUGAUUAUGCCACAGAAGAGAGCGCAGCCUUUUACAUUGGUUGUGUGCAGACAGUUGCAAUUAUAGGUCCCAUAUUUGGCUUCCUUUUAGGGUCCUUGUGUGCCAAGCUGUAUGUAGACAUCGGUUUUGUAGACAUGGAGAGUAUAACAAUAACUCACAAGGACUCUCAGUGGGUAGGAGCUUGGUGGCUUGGCUAUUUAAUAGCAGGCAUCAUCAGCGUGGUUGCUGCCAUCCCUUUUUGGUUCUUACCAAAGGAUCUUCCGAGACUGGAGCCCCGAAAAGAUUCCAGCACUUCCUCUGAGCAAUCCAAAUUCAUUACGGACGAUAGCAGAGACCACCAUAUAGGCUAUCAAGAGCAAGUCAAGAUUCUUGAAAUGGUCAAAGAUUUUUUGCCGUCCCUUAAGAGCCUCUUUGGAAAUCCAGUUUACUUUUUGUAUCUCUGCUCCAGCGUUAUCCAGUUCAAUUCCUUAAUCGGCAUGGUGACCUACAAGCCAAAAUAUAUUGAGCAGCAGUUUGGGCAGUCAUCUGCAAAGACAAAUUUUGUCAUAGGUCUCAUCAAUAUUCCUGCAGUGGCCCUUGGGAUAUUCUCUGGGGGACUCAUCAUGAAGAAAUUCAGGCUGAAUGUCUUGGGUGCAGCAAAACUGUCCUUGGCCUCCUCCUCCUUAGGCUACCUGCUGCUCCUUUCGCUGUUCGCAAUGGGUUGCAAGAAUGUUGACGUAGCGGGCCUGACCGUCUCCUACCAAGGUCACCAACAGAUCUCUCGAUAUGAACCAAGUCUGUUUUCGGAAUGCAAUUCAGGUUGCAUUUGUUCCAAAAAUGAGUGGGAUCCCAUAUGUGGGGAAAAUGGAAUCACGUAUAUCUCGGCUUGUCUUGCUGGCUGUAAAAUGUCCAACGGAAGUGGGAAAAACAUGGUGUUCUAUAACUGCAGUUGUGUAGAAAUCACGGAGUUUUCAUCCAGACCUUCCUCAGCUGUGGUAGGACCCUGUCAGAAAGGAAAGGAAUGUCCGAAAAUGUUUCUCUACUUCCUGGUCAUAUCAGUUAUCACCUCAUACACACUCUCCAUUGGCGGCACCCCUGGAUAUAUAUUACUUCUAAGAUGCAUUAACCCUCAACUCAAAUCUUUUGCACUGGGCAUCUAUACUUUAGCUAUAAGAGUUCUUGCAGGAAUCCCGGCACCAGUCUACUUUGGAGUAUCCAUUGACACAACUUGUCUCAAGUGGGGAAGCAAACGUUGCGGUGGCCAAGGAGCUUGCCGGCUAUAUGAUUCGAACGCAUUCAGGUACAUUUAUCUGGGUCUGACCAUUGUCUUGGGCACCAUGUCCACAUUCUUGAGUGUUGCUGUCCUGAUUGUUCUAAAGAAAAGGUAUAUUCCACAUAACGAAAGCCUUGUAACCAGUGGACAGAGAGGGACAACUUCUGCGAAGAACCGGAUAGACAACUUUGUCAACAGUGACCACCUGAUUCAGACAACCUACUGGCCAGAGAAAGAGACGCGGCUUUAGAACAAUUCAAGAUACCUUUUGUCCAGUCUGGGAAAUUCUGACCGAAACUCUUUGACAAUGCGAUGUGUCUGAGGCAAGGGGGCAGAUGUCAUUCUUUACUAUAUGUCUCCUUGCAUGUAAUUCUGUACAGUGGCUUUCUAGUACCUGCUGAGACCUGAUGAAAAAGAAAAUUUUUCAUUUCCCUUUAUUUUAAAAAACAGGGUAAAUUUAUAUUUCAAUCGGCAAGUAAACAAAUGGAAUUUCUGGUAUGCAGCAGAACAAUCUCUGUCACUCCUGGAAAGAAACUUCCAUCUGGAAUGGAAAAUACGGCUAGUCUGGAAACCAUUGAGUUGUCAUGGCUGAACCCCUUCACAUUUAUGGUCUUUUGUAAUUGUGAGUAACAAGGUUUAUUCCAGCUUGUACUGGAAUAAAUUUUGCUAGACUUUAAGUUGCCACUGAACUCCAGUUUUAUUUCGCUGCUACCGUGUAAUAUGGCUUGCCUGUCCGGGAUACUUUAUCAAAGUUAAAGGAUCGACCCAUGCUGAUCAGGAGAAUUGGUACUGGUAGACAUCUCUGAGCUUUCUGACAUCUAGCCGAAUUUCACAUCUGAUGGACUAGUUAACUUUCCAAUCAAUGUGUGUUGGCCUCAUGCUAUGAAUGGAUCCAGUAUGAACAUCCUAGUUUGCAGGGAUUAUACAUCCUUAAAUCUUUUAGAGGAAGAGGAAACUAGAUACAGACAUGUGGUUGGGUCAUCUUCUCUUUGCUUCUAAAGUGAUCCUCUCUGAUGCAUCCUUCCCUCAGGAGUUACAGUACUUGGAUCGUGAACUAAUUCCAAGCACUGGGCCAGAACUUCUGUGUGCACUGUUUUGAAACGAAAUGAAAUACAAUUUUGCACCCAACUCCCAAAUUCUGCAGCCCUCAUCAGUAGCAUAAGUUAAGUGAAUUGGCUUAUGUUUGGUUAUUUUGCACAACUGUAUAAUUUAGUAGGGAGGGAAGGCAGCACGGCAUAGGUGGAUCUCACCACAUCUCGGAAGAUAAGCAGAGUCAGUACUUGGAAGUGAGGCCACCGAGGGAUACUCUGCAAAGGUAGGCAAUGGCAAACCAUUUUAAAAUGUGCCUAGCUUUCAUUUGUCCCUCUGAGUGGCACUGUGUUACAGUCCCCAGGGUCUUGCCAGCCAUGGCCAAGGGCUGAAUAUAUGGGCGGGGAGAGAGGUGGGUGGCAAAAUGCGCCUUCCUCAUGUGACCCAGGUUAAUGGCUCCUGGGUCAUCUGUCCCCUCUAUGCCCCUUAGAUACGCCAUUGCACACACAACACACAUUUUGAGUUACGAGGAGGGGUACAAAUCUACGGUUGUAACUCAAGCCUGGCCCCAGCUGAGGGAUAUUCUGAUUAACUUCUCCUCUGGAUCUUGAGAUUUCCUCAGGGUUGGAUCCGCACAUUGCUGGAUAUUGUGCUGUUGUGAUCACAUCAUUGGCCUGACCUGGGUGGCACAGGCUAGCCCAAUCUCGUCAGAACUCAGAAGCUGGACAGAGGAUGAAAUUGCCGACCUGAGGUUGAGAAAUUCCUGGAGACUUGAGAGUGAACCUGGAAAGGGCAGGUCUGGGGAUGGAAAGGACCUCAGGAGCAGCAGUGGCGUAGGAGGUUAAGAGCUCGUGUAUCUAAUCUGGAGGAACCGGGUUUGAUUC